GUGUGCGUGUGUGUGUGUGUGUUUGUAUACGUGGACGUCCUAUACAUUGCCGGGGAGAAAGUAGAACUGCAACACACUUGAAGCAAACAUGGAGAGGCAGAUGAAUGGUGUGAUUUCCCAUGAACAUCAGAUCCUUAUUUCAGACCUGAUGCAGCAGGAAAAUGGCUCUGCAGCUGUCGGCGACAGUGUUUUCCAGAACGGGUCCUCUGAGAAAAUUCAUGGAGAAGAGAGUUUCAUCCAUCAAGCCAUGGAAAUUAUCAUUGAUGAGGCAGUGAAAAAGGCCACAAACGUGAAUGAAAAG